AUGGCCAGAAACGGGCUGUCAGUUCUGUUCACGGAGCGCACGCAGAUGAUCACCCUGGAUGCCAAGAAAUACGGGAGCGCCCUAUGCCAUCGAUUUGCCGAUGGAUGGGACCGGCCCAUAGGUCCUGUGCCCUGCAUCAGCGUGCCGCGAAGACGGUUCUCCCGCCGCAAGUGUGCGUCUUGCCUUCUCAAGAGGUCUGAAGGCGUCAAAGGCUCACUCUCACCUCAACCUACUGCGCCACACACUUCAUGCAUUAUUUUGCUCUCCUUUCCACAGCGAGUCCCGAAAGCGCUAGCUGUGAUUCUCAGUUUUGCACUACGCGGCAUACGAAGCGCGUCAGACCCCUUGGCAGCUUUGAGAUCUUCAUUGUCAUCUCUCCUUCUUCGGGAAGGGGCCGUGUUCUUUAGAGAGACCUGCAAGCUUGCAGACGCUAUCCAGUUCGCCCCACUGCCUUCUACGCUCAGCGGGCUCUCCACACCAGUGUAA